UUUGGGCCCAGCAUCGCGCGGGAGGGCAUCGCGAGCCGUACCAGACGCCCUUCUCUUCUCCCCGCUCCCUUCACAGUACCAAUUACCCCCCAAGAUGGCGGGCGGACAUAUGAAGUACCGCGCGCUCAGCCGGUCGUCGUCGCACCGGCAGGCGCUCCUCCGCAACCUCGUCACAUCGCUGUUCAAGCACGAGUCGAUCGCGACCACAUGGCACAAGGCGAAGGAGGCGCAGCGGCUGGCCGAGAAGCUGGUCACCCUGGGCAAGAAGAACACAGAUGCGUCGCGGCGGCGAGCGCAGCAGAUCUUCUACGAACCGAAUGACAUGGUCCCCAAGCUGUUCGGCCCCAUCCGAGAGCGCUACGCUGCCCGCCCCGGUGGCUACACGCGCGUCCUGCGCAUCGAGCCUAUGAAGGAAGACCAGGCCGAGUCGGCCAUCCUCGAGCUCGUCGACGGGCCCAAGGACAUGCGCUUCGCCAUGACGGCGAAGACAUUGGCCCGCCUGUCGCCCAGCCAGAAGAUUAACGACAUGACGGCCAAGAACGUGAAGCGAGUCACGCAGUUCCGCGAGGACGGCAUGCGCCAGCUGCAGGACAUGGUUCAGACGAUGCGUAUCGAGCACGACAACGGCAUCGACGACCGCGUCCUGGCCGCGCCCCGCAAGGUCUACCCCGACGAGUCCAUCAGGCGCGACAUGUACUACCCCGAAGAGGUCCCCAACUGGAAGUUCCCCAACCCGCUGCCGCCCAGACCGGUCAAGAAGGAGCUGGAGGUCGUCGAGCCCGAGGAGGAUUUCGUCGUUGCAGAACGCAGCCUCGGCAAAGAGGUGAGCGCGUAGGGAGACGUGCCAUAUCUGUACUAUACCAAUGUCCACAUACCCGCGCAGCAACCACAGUCGUGCCCGCGUUUUCGUUUCGCCACCUUCACCUAGUCCAACUUCACCUGGGGCACAAACGUCGGCGCUGACUCUUGCCCAUCUAACUUCUGCCCGACAUGCCAACUGACUCCCUUACCAAACUUCUACACAACGCCCAGUAUCUGCAAUGGCACCGAGCACCGCCAUCGUGAGCGCGCCGCCGCGCACAUCGUACCUGUAUUCUGGCAGCCGAGUCUGCCCUUUACUUGCACUGACAUGCAGGGGAGUUGGACCACGGUGAUUGGCAUCGGUUCGACGCAUGUACCAAGCACGUUCUGAUGUCACUGGUCGCACCACAAUGCUUUGGAGCAGGCGGACAAGGACAAUAGCAACCCAAGGGUCACGGUGUAGCAGAACACGCCCUUCGAUC